GUGGCUGUGAAGCUGUGAUGGUGGACAGUGUCUGACUCAUUGGCAGCAAUGACAGAAAACUGCGUUUCUCACGAAGUCGUGGAGCUGGAGGAGCUUCCUGCCGUGGAUGCGGUAAACGACACCGAGGCGACCCCGAGCGAAACUCCUGAAAUAUCUCAGCUCAGAGAAGUUGAAGCUUUGCUGGAGAUGGACAGGAAAGAAAAGCAGGAGGAAGAAAAAGAAAAGCUGGACGGACAGACAGACACUGAGGCAGUGAUGGAGGGCGCUCCGUGUUGGCCUGCGUGGUCGGAGAGCAGGAACAGCUACCCGGCGACGGUGGUGGCGGCUGAUGGUGAGCGCUCCAGGGUUCGCUUCAGUGUCUACGGCAACAAGGAGGACAUGGCCGUGAGCACACUGUGGAGUCCCAGCGCUACAGAGCAAACGCAGAACUCACAGCCUCAGGACUGGAAGCCCGGGUCGCGUUGCCGGGCCGUUUACUCGGCCGACGGCCUGGUUUACCCCGCUGUGGUGCUGUGGGUCAAAGAUCAGCGCUGCCGCGUUCGCUACGACGAGUACAACAACGAGGAGGAGCUGGACGUUGGCAGCCUGCUGCAUCCCGACGAGCUGCGCGGCCCAAGCAGAGCCGCCGCCAUAACCAAGGGCAGCAGCUGGAUUCCCAGUCCUCCCAGCAGCAACCUGGACUGGAAGAGAUGGAGGAGAGACGAGAGCAAAGGAGACAGAGGACGAGGGAGGACGUCCGCACCGAGAGACGAUCCAAACAUGAUGAAAGCGAGAUCCAAGAAUGAGAACACAGCAGAGAAAGAAACCGCAGAGAAAAGGAAAGGAGACCCGACUAACAUCUUCUUCCCUCCGUUUCCUCCUCCUCAGAUCGGAUCAGUGAGCCCCCUGUCCUUCGUCCCUCCUCCUGUCCCUCCUGUCCCUCCUUUCCCUCCUGCUUGGACGCUCCCUGGGAAGGAAGCGGGCGACUGCCAGGACGUCAGCGCCGUCACCAACAUGUUCAUGCUGUGGUACAUGUGCGGCUUCCACACCGGCAGCUUCCUGGCUCAGCAGAGAUCCUCACCGCCCUCCAAAGACUAAACAUCCCUCUGAACACAGGAAGACCCGGUAAACACACACUAACCCUGCUGUUCUAACAAAUACUGACAUCUGGUGGUGAAACAGGAGAUAGCAGCUACUGACUUUGACUUGGCUACUCUUGUUAGGUCCUGUUGGGUCCUGUUAGCUCCUGUUGGGUCCUGUUGGCUCUUGUUAGCUCCUGUUAGCUCCUGUUGGCUCCAGCUGAGUUUGGAUUAAUCCAGAAAUGGAAGAAAAUACUGUUUGACUGGAUUUGGCUCCAGUUGAAAGCUGAAUCUGAUUUUUGGUAGAUCACUUCCUCCCAAACUGGAUUGCAAAUGACUCCUAUUUCUGGGUGGAUUUUCUCCAAAGGAUGAGCUAAGAUAUGAUCUAUUUUAUUUUGAAAGGUAACUUGAUUCUGUCUGUGGCUUCCUGCUCUUUUCUCUCUUGAUAAGGUAAAUGGAUCAAACCAGAACCUCUAAUAGAGCAGAAGCUGCUUCAGAAAUAUUGACUCCACAGGAAGAUUUUCCUUUUUUCAUAGUAGAGAACAAAAAGCUGCAGUUUGCUUUUGCUUUUUUCUAUUAUCUCUUUAUUUUUUAUCAGUGAAAAUAUAUAUUUUUGUUCAUGUUUGACUUGAAAAAGGGAAUUUUGUUCAGAGUUAUUAAAAUAAUAUGUGGUUGUUUUCUGAGUCUGUGUGUGUUAAAAACUGGAUGUUGUAGCAGAAAAUGAGAUGUUUGAUAAAUCUGAAGUAUUUUGGUAUUAAAGAAAGACGAUAACGACGUUGCUUGUCUGGGUUGAGCUGCCGGUGGACAGGAGGAGUCCACAUAGGCGUGUUGACCGACUUUGGCUGCUUUGACGUAAACGGUGACACAGACGGAUCCUGCGGAGCUGCGGCUCUUCCUGCCAGCUGCUCCGGUUAAAGAGACGCUUCAAAUACGUCUGAUUUUUGAUUCCAUGAGCUUCAUCUCCAUUUUUCACAUGGUAAAGGAUUUACGGCUCCGAUCAGAUCUGCUAAUUUUAUCCACGUCGCACAGUAUGAAAUGUUUUCAUCUUAAUUUUAUGACAUAAUCUCCAAAAAAUUAUUCAAAUUUCACCUGAAAGUCUUAAAUUAUAGGAAAAUAGGUGUUAAAAUCCGUUGAACUUUGAUGUCUGAGAUCCACUGAGGAGAAAAGGAUUCUGUCUGAGAUUUUAUUAGACCUCUGAGACAUGAGUGUCUAUGGAGGGCUAAUCCUGCCAAAAGUAAUAAAUGUAGAGCAAAAAGCCUCAAUAAACACAAUAAUGUGCCAAAUGUUUUAUACAAAUAUAACAAGUAAUGACUUUCCCAACUUAUUUGAUUAGACAAUAAGAAAGUCGAACAGUAAGAUAGUAUAAUAACAAACAAAAUGGCAAAUGCACAAAGCAAAUUACUGCAACAUAUUAGGGCCAUUGUGGAGAGAAAACAAAUUCCACUAGAAAAUCAUAAAAAACACGACUUGGAGUGUUUUUUUUUAAAGAUUAUUUUCAAAAUGUUAUUUUUUUGUAUUUGGUUCAUUUUUAGAAAUUUUUCAA